GUGCCGAGGGCGGCCGUGACGGGGAGCGGCGCCGCCAUGCUGCAGUCGCUGCGGCAGCGCUGGGACGCCUACAAGUACCGCUUCGUGCCCUGGCUGGCCCUCAACCUCCGCCGCCAGCGCAGGACCCUCCGAUAUGUUCCUGAAAGCUCCCAAGACAAAAUUAUCUCUGAUGAAGAUGUCUUUGAAACACUACUGAAAAUAUUUAAAGCUCUGUUCACAAAUGACUUCAGCAGGCAAGCACAUAUUUUGGACUUACUUCCAGAAAUCAAGUGUAAAUAUCUGGAAUUACUGACUGUUGAGCAGAAGCAAUCAGAAUUAAAUUUGUGUAACCAUCACAGUCAACAUGUGUUUAGUCCAGAGGAAGUUCUGUUUAAUACACUAGGGUUCACUAUUAGUCGCAGCCAAAGCUCCCUGUUGUCUGCUGGAACUGGAGUGUUUGUUACCAAAGGUUUUGUACCAAAAGGGACGGUUGUGUCUAUGUAUCCUGGUACAGUAUACAGAAAGCAUGAGCCCAUCUUUUUCCAGUCCCUUGGCAAUCCCUUUAUUUUUAGAUGCAUAGAUGGCAUCCUCCUUGAUGGGAACGAUAAAGGACUAUCAAGAUCAGUGUACAGGUCUUGCAUCAGGAGAGACCAACUUGGCCCAUUUCAAAUGAGUGAUGAGAGCUGGCUCACAGCUACCCUGCAGAACCCACUGGCCAUGGGACAGUAUGUCAACAACUGCUCACAUGAAAAAGCAGCCAACGUGUGUUAUCAGGAGUUUGAUGUGCCGGGAUCUUUUCCAGUAGAACUGAAACAGUAUCUUCCAAACAUCGUCUACAGCCAUGACAUAGAGAGCCACCUGAGGUGUGUAGUGCUUGUCGCUCUCAGAGACAUCAAGCAAGGAGAAGAACUUUUUUCUAAUUACUACACUGUUGUCAGCUGAAUUCACAGAUUGAAGACUGAAGAAAUCUAUCAUUAAAAUACUUACUUUGUGUGUACUUCAAGCUUUGUGAGGAUUUUUGCAUAACGGAGGGCUGUAGCUUUACCAUUUAGAAAGCAAGCUGCAGGCUUGUAUUUCCCUGAAAAUACUCCACCUCUGAUGCAGAGGUGAAGAUUUAGCCAUUUACGUCAUCAGGUUCUUGGCUGUCUAUUGUUGCUGAUAUUAUUGCUUAUUGAUGUUCAGCUGCCCAUACAAUAGCUCAUAAAAUAAAAACCUAAGUUCUGGA